AUGCAGGUUACGCGAGAUGAAUAUCGUAUACUUGGUGAAACAUUAAGAAUGAUUGAUAUUGCCACAAGAAUGACUAUAUCGGAUGAAAGCAGCGAUUUGAACGGCUUUCAUGAUGAUACACAACAACCUCCGUGAAUUACGGCUAGCACUCCAAUAACAAGUUCAUUAGUUGUUAUACAGAAAGUUAAUGUCAAUAAUGAUAGACAAUCAGAUAAAAAUAAAACGAAACGUCGAGCGUAU